AUGCGCGGAUGGCGGUUAAAUCCGCGGGCGCUGCGUAUGAUCCUUGGGACGGGUGUUUUGUGGUUGCUUAUAGUCGGUUGUAUGUUGCAGCUCAGCCAUGACCAAGCAUUGAUGCUCAAAUCCCUGAGUCAUGUGUUAGUUCAGGCUCAUGUGGGACUUCUCAACCACUGUGGCUCAAUGGCCAUCACCCACAGCCUGAAGAAGGUGUGGUCACCCGGCAGGUCUGCGGUUCUUCUUAUUGGAAUGGAUGUUGUGGUUCCUCCUAUUCCAUUCGAGCUAAAGCUUGUACAGGGGGUUACUAUGUCUAUGAGCUUGUCAGUCCAACCUCCUGUUCUGCGUACUGCACAGAUCAAAGAAAUUAAUCCAGGUUAUGAACAAUUUGAGGUUCCAUUCACCAGUCCGAAUGUCGACCCCUGUGACAGCUAUACCACUCUGGACGAUGUUUGGAGAUCCUCCAGCAAUUAUAAUUACUAUUAUAAAUAUAACUACGGAACGUGUGACUAUAACCUCAAGUGGAAUGGCUGGUAUAGACUUUUCUUAUAUGGACAGGAUGCUCAGAUGCCGGAGUCAUGUGUAAUUUCAGGCUCAUGUGGGACUUCUCAACCAUUGUGGCUCAAUGGCCAUCACCCACAGCCUGAAGAGGGAGUGGUCAACCGGCAGGUCUGCACUUCUAAUUGGUAUGAGUGCUUUUGUUACUCCACCCAUUCCAUACACGUAAAAGCUUGUCCAGGGGAUUAUUUUGUCUACGAGCUUGUCAGUCCGACAUUCUGCUCGGCGUAUUGCACAGGUACACAUUUACUGCACAAUUAUACAACAUCUUCACCUACAACAGAGUCAACAACAUCUGUUUCCACAACCAUCGACCCCUGUGCGGAGGUCAAUUGUACUGAUGGAGAAUGGUGUGGAGAGAAAGACGGAAUCUACGGCUGUUUGUGUAGCCAUCCCAAAUCUAAUCCUGACUCUUACGAUUCCUUUGAAAUUUGUGAGAACAGUUCUGGCUUUUUCUCUUUGUCCCGUUGUCAGCUUUUUGAAGAUGGUUUUUCUAGUGAAGUCUUGCACCUCCGUGAUCCUUAUUGCAAAGGAACGGUCAGGGAUGGCAGAGUGGAGUUUCGGUUUGAUAGCAAUAAUUUGUGUGGUACAAAUCUUGUGGCUAAUGGCACCCACUUCAUCUAUGAGAAUGUUAUUUUGGGGAAUGUGAAAUCAACUCAACUCAUCAGCAGGAACAGUUAUCUGAACAUGACUUUUUCCUGUAUAUAUUCUCAAACGCAAGCAUUUUCCAUGAAUGCAAAAAUCAACCCUCUGGAGAGCUAUUUGCACAAGAUGAUUCCUGCAAGUCAAGGCACAUAUAGGGUCAGGAUGGUUCCAUAUCAAGAUCCGCAGUUCUCUCAACCCUUUAAUGGCAGUGUGAACAUAGAGGUGAACCAGCUGGUUUUUGUGGAAGUUAAUGUUGAUGGAAUUGAUGGGCAACAGUUUGCAUUGCUAAUCGACACAUGUUGGGCAACUCCUGUGAAUGACCCUCUUUAUCAUGUCCGAUGGGACCUGAUUAUUGGAGAGUGCCCUAAUUCAAAAGAUGGCACAAUUGAUCUGGUGCAGAAUGGUGUGUCCACAUCAAGCAGGUUCUCUUUCAGGAUGUUUAGCUUCACUGAAAACUCUGACACCAUCUUCUUGCAUUGUUCCAUUCACCUUUGCCUUUUACAGGACAAUGACUGCUCAGUGCACUGUGCGUCUUAUAGAAGACGCAGGUCUGUGGACUACUAUGACAGCUCGUCCAUAUCUAUUGGUCCUCUGAAGCGGUCUUUAAAGACAAUAGAUACAUGGGUGUCAGACCGAGUUGAGGUGUCUAGAGCAUCCGCUCUUUGUGGUUCUUUGAUGGCAUUCUUUCUCUUUGUCUUAAGCAUCCAUAACAUCUUCUAG